AUGCUACAGUAUGUUGCCAAAGAUUUGAGCGGCCUGAUCCCGCCAAGCGCGCUAAAUCAACACCUCGACGUCCCAAACUUCUACGUCGUGCACAAACUCCGCCUCCUGCUCUUCCCCUGGCGCUACCGCCUCUGGACGCAGCGCAUCCGGCGCUCCGAAGCCGGCGCGGCCGACUUUCAAGCGCCCCGCGCGGACGUCAACGCGCCGGACCUCUAUAUCCCUUUGAUGGCGUUUACCACGUAUAUACUGCUCGUGGCGCUGCAGAUCGGAUUGCAGGACAAGUUCCAUCCGGAGAUCCUGGGCGUGACGGGGAGUAAGAGUGGGUCGGGGCCGGUGGUGGAUUUGUUGAGUUAUGGGGUGUAUAAGUUCGUCGGGGUGAUCGUAACGAUCGUAGCCGGCCUCCUUACAACCUCACGAAUGUUAUACCUCCUUGCAUUCGUAUAUACCUUCCUCGCCAACGCUUUCUUCCUCCUCCGAUCUCUACGCUCAGUCGUCUUACCAGACGCCGCCGCACCAGGCGCAGUCGGCACCGUCAGCCACGCACAACGUUCGCGAAGGAUCACAUUCCUGUUCUUGGUUGCGGUUGUGCAGGUGCUGUGGAUGGGCGUUCUUGUUCGUGUGUAG